CUUUAUCUCUGUGUGAACACUCAACGUUUUGUCAUUUUGGAGAUCCUCAACAUUGAGUCAUGUAUACUUUGUGAAUGUUUACAUUGAGUUAUUUAGGAGCAUCUGGAAGAAUGUUCUUGAAAAAUUAGAGGAGGGCCAGUCAUGUAGGAGGAGCUGAGUUUCUUCAGGGCUCCACCCAUCUCCGUGGGGUUGCAGAAGACCUUUGUGCCCUCCAAACCGUAUUUCUCUUAUGGUUGUUUUGUCAUUCUUUCCAUCUCAUCCUGAUUUUAUGGCUGACGUGAUGAGAAUAUUCAACAGGUAGAACGUGAGAUUUAGGAAAAGGGUCUUGACUCUUGACAGCUACACUUCUGAGGUGAGAUAAUUUUUAUGAGGUGAGAUCACUUUUUUACCAUACUUGCUGCUUUGACUGUUGAAUAACAAAAUACUGCUCUCAUAAUGAAACUACUUUGUUUUGCUGCCUUGGGGAGAACACAGCAAUAGAAAAAUAGCCACAUCUUAUUCAAGCUCUUCUUGAUUUUUGUUUUGGCUGUUUCUAAAUUUGACACUUGGGAAUAGAUGGUUUAUUUGACUCAGUAUGACCCAGGUAUGCUUUUGUUAAAAAGAACAGUUCUAGAAGGAUGACUGUUGGGACAAAAUUAGCUACUAGUCUGGGAUACUCUUUCAGUGUAAAAUCUCAACAGCAUUUAAAAAUCAUUAGAGACAUUUUAUUCAUAAACAUUUUCUUAAUAAGAUCCAGAAAGGGUUUUGAAAAUUAUUUUGUAGCUAGUUUGGUCUUUGAAUAGAAAGACUGUGAAAAGUAAUGUAACUAAUGAAAACUGCAAUUACUAUCAUUGAAUGUUCUUUUUUUAGGCAAAACAGUGAUGUUUAAAAAUUCAAACUAGGGAACUAAAUGAUCAGUAUUUGUUGAGUACAUUAUAACAACCCUCAGAGAGCUUUCUUAAUGUCUGGGAUUAAUGUAAUCCUUUGUUUUUUAUUCUGAUAGAGAUUUAAAAAGUUAUUCUCAUCUUCAAAUUCCAAUAAACCUAUUUGAUAGAGGGAAAUAGGAAUAGGACACAUUGCUUUUUACUUUCUGCACACGUGUGGAAACCGGGGAUCUAUUCUCUCCCUCUCAAUUUACAUGACCAUGAGGAAACUGAAACCCAGUGAAGUUAAAUGACUUGCCUGGGGACAGCCAGCCAGCUAGUUCCUACUUGAACUGGGGACCAUCUAUUUGAUUACCGGGAGUGCCUUUGGUUUCUGCUGCCUGUUUGAUACUCAGUCUUCUCCUGGUAAGUUUUAGCAGCAAAUGGUACUGGCCACACGACAGCCCUUAGUCUCAGGUAAUUCUCCACCCCUCUGCCUUUUUUUUUUUUUUUUUUUCCAAUGCAGUUGCAUGGUGUGAAGGCGAUAACUGCAGAAACUCAGGUGUCAACAACCCCGGGAAUCAAAGGUUUGGGGGGGAUGGUAAAACAAGAGUGUGUGGACAUGACUGUGUACAAUAGCUUCCAAAGUUUGGGAGGGUAUUGGUGUAGCUGUUAUUUCUGAGGCUGGAGAAAAUGGCAGUAGAGUGACAGUUUCGCUAAAUCAUCAGUUUUCAAAGAGCACGUUUUUCAUGGGAACGACAGGUAUAGUACACUUUACUACAUAAGGGGGAAAAACCCUUGAAUUUUUCUCUCCCAUACAUUGGAAAGUAAAGUAAAUUUUAGGCAACAUUUUAAAGGUAACAAAAGGUAAAGAUUGCAAAUCAAACUUAGGGAGUCCUUGCUCAAGAAAAUCUGUGCACUAUAGAUAGCUACAAUAGAGGACCACUUGGGUUUAGAAAUGACGUUACUAAUAAUUCUAGUCAUUGUGGCUAAUUAGAAUAAUCUGUUGAAGGUUAUAAAUUACAGAUACUUUUAAAAACAUUUAUCUAAGAAUCUGUGUAGAAUUCUAAAAGGACUGAAUUAUUUGAAGUUAUUGGUUUCUGUGUAUAUAAACUUAAACUAUUUUUACAGCCUUUGAUUAUUUUUUAAAAAAUGUUUUUGUACUCUUAUAGCCUGAUGCCAUAAAUGUUUUAUGAAUUUAAUAUACAGCACCUCUAGGUGCUAUUUAAAACUGUUUUCCUGGUCCUUUUCUUUUGGGUUAUAAGGGUUCUUUGUAACCAAGAAGAUUACCUAUGGUUACACUGAAUGCACCCUCCCAGAGCGCGCAGGCGGCUCCUCUAGUGCGGUUAUAACUCCUGUUUGCCCCUGGGUGGUUGCCAGCAGGGAGUAAGGCAUUGUGGGAAGUACUUUCUUUACCUUCCACAACAGGUGUCUUUGUCAGUGCACCUUAUUCAGAUAUCCGUGUGUGGAAGCACUGAGUCACUGUGUAGCAAAGAAAAAUAUGAAAGAAAGAGGAAUUGCUUUCACAGCUAGAAAAUGGUGCUGCAAGUAAUCUGAAAUCUUCUGGUGCUAGUUAAUGCAUGAAGACGUUCACAAGGGGAAAAAUAAUCUUUUUUUUUUUUUUGUACUUCAGGAUAUCAUUUGUAACUGCACCAAGAAUUCUUUAAAUCCUGAGAAAUUAAAAUGGUUUUCAUCUGUUUAUUUUCUAAGAUUUCGAAAAAGUAAGCAGUAAGAAUGCUAAGAAAAUUUACUUCUCCAAGAAGAAUCUUCAUGUAAUAAUACUACAGUAAGAAGAUGAGCUAUUAUGAAAAUUUUUAAUUACCAAGAACAUAACACAGAUCAUUUUUUUAAAAAAUUGUUGUAAGAUAUUUCUAGUUAGGAAACUAUUUCUUUUUUGAAGUUUAAAAGUUUCCAAAAAUUGAAUUUUCCAGCUUCUCUGUUAAGAAUGCAGAAGGUGUUUAUAGUGUAUACUUCCUGCAAAGAUAAGAAACCUCCUUUAGUUUCCUACUGGGGGUGAAUUGCUAGCCAAGCCUGUGAUAGCAGUCGCUUUUUUUUUCUUUCUCUUUUUUUCUUUCUGGAUUUUUGACACUCCACCCCCUCCAACUCAGGUGGGUGUGUACACUGGCACUGAGCUGCCGUAGGAUUUUUCCCUGGAUAGUCUGGUCUGAAGCAGGGACAGCAGCUGCUGCUGUGGAAAGGCCAGCUGGCAAGAUGAUGGAAGAAAUCUCCAUUAUGGUAGCCUAUGACGCCCAUGUUUUCAGCCAGCUGCAUGAUGAAGACUUCCUCACUAGUCUGGUGGCCAUCAGCAAGCCCAGGUCUAUGGUACCAACCAAGAAGCUGAAGAAAUAUGAGAAAGAAUAUCAGACAAUGCGAGAGAGUCAGCUGCAACAGGAAGACCCAAUGGAUAGAUACAAGAGGGAGAACCGAAGAUUACAGGAGGCCAGCAUGAGGCUGGAACAAGAGAAUGACGACCUCGCCCAUGAACUAGUAACAAGCAAAAUUGCUCUACGGAAUGACUUGGAUCAGGCAGAAGACAAGGCAGACGUGUUGAAUAAGGAGCUCCUCUUGACCAAACAGAGGCUGGUGGAGACUGAAGAAGAGAAGAGGAAGCAAGAGGAAGAGACAGCCCAGCUAAAAGAAGUCUUCAGGAAACAGCUAGAGAAGGCAGAAUACGAAAUAAAGAAGACUACAGCUAUUAUUGCUGAGUAUAAACAGAUCUGUUCACAGUUGAGUACCAGGCUGGAGAAACAGCAAGCAGCCAGCAAGGAGGAGCUGGAAGUGGUAAAGGGUAAAAUGAUGGCAUGCAAACACUGCAGUGACAUUUUCAGCAAGGAGGGCGCUUUAAAACUAGCAGCUGCCAGCAGAGAGGACCAAGGAAUUGAAACGGAUGAUGAGAAGGACUCACUUAAGAAGCAGCUGAGAGAGAUGGAGCUGGAACUGGCACAAACCAAGCUGCAGCUGGUGGAGGCCAAGUGUAAAAUUCAGGAACUUGAACAUCAGAGAGGAGCUCUUAUGAAUGAAAUCCAAGCUGCAAAAAACUCUUGGUUUAGCAAAACCCUGAACUCUAUCAAAACGGCCACGGGCACCCAGCCAUUGCAGCCACCACCAGUCACCCAGCCACCCAAGGAGAGCACAUAGUUCCAGCCUUACCAAGCACAAGAGCACAAUGAUCAAGCAGUGGAAACCUGGGAGGAUUCUUCCUGGUGUCCCUUUGAAGGAAAGUCAAGGAGGCCAGAAAACAAGCCAGAAUCUUUCAGUAGCUCUCACUCUUUCUUGUAUGACACUUUUCAAAGGGAUGUUAUUUAAACUGACCUGUUCUAUGUUGAAUACCUAUUUUCCAGCUUCUUCAUGGAAGGCCAUGUUCAGAUUCAUCAUAGUAUGACACAUUAUUUUGUAUGCCUGAUGUUUAGUUGGAAAUAAGUAAUUCGGAACUAAAUGCUUUUUUAUUUAGAGCUCAAUUAAUUAAUUCAUAACUAUUUUUAUCUUAUAUAAAAUGGAGACAUCUUGUUAUUCCAAGGUUGAAGUGAUAGGAAGAUCUUUGUCACAGGAAAAAAAAUUGAAACCUAAUCCUCUUAACUUUUCAGGAUUUAUUCAGAUAAAGCACACUGUGGGGCCAGGCAUGACCACUCUCAGGUUUCCUCCUGAGCCUGAUUCCCAGGGGAGUCAUAAUCCUCUCCAAAGGAAAGAACCAAUCAGUGAUGAUCAUAGGUUUACUUUUGUUUUCUGUUCGGUACAUCUUGAAAUGAAGUGCCAGGAAUAGAUGGGCUAUUCAGAAUACACACUAGGUAAAUGGAACUGAGAUUUUAAUAAGCAUAGGUUAGAAUCAUUUGGUCUGUGGUAUUCUAACAGAUCCUGUUAAGAACUCCACAUGGGACUUACAAGUUCCUAAGUAUGCCUAAGUAUAGACACAGAUGGGACUUCUGACAAUUUUAAAGUUAAACGUGGAUAGUACAACUUACACACUUAGGCGGCCUUCACCAGAGACGCCUAAUAAGGCCCAGGAUCAGCCAUUGUGCUGAAUAUAGUGGAAUACAGAACCAGGGACAGAGUAUUUCCUUUAAUGUUGAUAUAUACUUGCUAAGGAAACACUAACAUACUGCAACUUUGUUAUAGGACAUAGUACUGAAACAGGAAAUAGAGGUCAGCCUCACAGCAUCUUAGUUUAAUGUUGGGCAACUUUUUCUGAUUUCUGUAGUUCCCUGAAAGUGUGUCUUUCAUACCCACAGAUAAAGAGAUACAAAUGCAUUUGUAACGUUUUUGAUUGAAUAUAAAACCUUCAGAGAAAUACUUAUCUCAUGGAAAGGUAAAGUUACUGUUUAAAAAUUAGUGGAAAUAUUUUAUCAAUUAUAUUUAACAUGCCUAUAAAAAUAGUCCUUGCAGGAAAUUAUUUGAUAAGAGCGAAACUAUUUUUAUUUUAUAAGCUAUUUUGGAGGCCUCUGAUCCUUUCACAUCAACCAAACUACCAUUAGGUAUGUACAAUAACAUUUGUUGAUAUUCAUCAUUGCCCUCAUUGUUGAACACAUUAUUUGCAAAGGAUCUUAAACUCUGUAGUGCCAGAAUGAUUCUCAUCUGUGCCAUAUGUUGCAAUUAAAAGUAACACACUCUUAGAAGUAAGAAUCAAAUAAGAGCAUCUCUACCCAAGAAGGAUGCACCAAGUUGCUCCCAGUGGGUCUUUUCCUCUAAAUGGUCUUUUAUGUUCUAAAAAGUGAAAUCCCCUUUAUCUGCGUUUAUAUCAUCUACAGCCCAUAAAACUGAUGUGAUUGUUAUCUGUUAUACUCAUCAGAUAAUACUCUUCUUACAUGAAUCUUUCAUUGUUCUGACAUCUUUCAUUACAAAAUUUGUUUUCUUCUUACCAAAAAGGAACAUAACCCAGCAUUCCACGUGUCUAUGUUGAAAUUAAUAUUCUCUACGUGGUGGUCUAGAUAAGCUAACUUUUUUUUUUUGUUUUGUAAAAUAUAAUAGCUAGAAAAUGCUAUCUUGGCACUUGUUUUUGUAAAUCAUUUAAUAUAGGCUGUUAGCUUUAUUGGUACUUUAUGCUAUAAUUCCAAGAAGCCCCGUGCAGUUGCCUUAUCAAAUUGCCAGCUAAAUUAAAGACGCUCUUUUGUGUUGUGAAUUUCAUCAUUCUGUACAGAGCUUGUUUCAACUUAGAAAAAUAAGUACAUUCCACAGAAUGCCUAAAGCAUAAUUUCCUUUAAAGAAUAGUAGGUGAGGGAGAACCAUAAUGGCCCUAGGUCAAUUGCUGAUCUGGAGACCUUGUUCAACUUCAUAGUCCCUUUCCUUUUAAGAGAAGAAUCCCCCCUGGCCAGGCACAGUGGCUCACGUCCAUAAUCCCAGCACUCGGGGAGUCUAAAGUGGGCAGAUCACUUCAGAUCAGGUGUUCAAGACCAGCUGGCCAACAUGGUGAAACCCUGUCUCUACUAAAAACACAAAAACUGCCAGGCGUGGUGGCAAGUGCCGGUAAUCCCAGCUACUCAGGAGGCUGAGGCAGAAGAAUCGCUCGAACCCAGGAGACAGAGGUUGCAGUGAGCCAAGAUCACGUCAUUGCACUCCAGCCCGGGCAACAAGAGCAAAACUCUGUCUCAAAAAAGAAAAAUCACCAGGUGCAUACCUGUCAAGUUUGGUAAGUCCAUCUUUUGAGUUUUCUUGUAGCUCUUUCAAAAGAUUAUGAGGGCAACACAUAGUUUUUUGUUAUUCUGCAGCCCCACAUCAUACUUGGGGUUGGUACCAUAAGCCUAUCCCUGUUGGUACCAUAAGCCUAAACUCUCCCUCACUGCAAUGCCUUUGAGUUAGUAGCAAUAGUAAAGACUAGAAACAAAGAAGAUUCAGAAUUUGGUAUGUGAUAUGAUUGUUCAUACGAUGUUACAAUAGCAAUAUUCCAAACAAAACGUCCUUCACUGUCUAUUGUUUGAAAACUCAUGCAUUCCAGCAUGAAGUAACUGCUAGUUUUAAUUUCACUUAUUUUGAGAUAUAUUUUGAGAAUUGCAUCUCUUCUCUUGAAUUUCAUUUAGAAGAUAUUAACCAAAUAUCCAGGAAAGUUUCAAAAGAUUCUAGUGUUUUCCAUCCUUUCCUAGGAUGCACUCUGUAUAAAACAUUCCUCUGGAAAUCUAAUAUUUGUAAUAUCUGAGAACUGAUCAUUUCUAUUUUCAUGAAAUUCUGUAAAAAACAUUAAAUGAAUGAAAUUCAACUUGGUAAUGCAGUUCAUCAACUUUUAUAUCUUGAGAAUCUCAACACAUUCUUUAACUCUGAAAGAAACCAAGCUGGAUUUUUCAGUGCAUAUGUUUGCUAGCUUCCCACAUCCUGAGCCAUGUCACAAUUUGGUUAUAUUUAGUUACACAUAAUUUAAUGCAAAGAAAUUCUCAGUUACUUAAUGUUCUGUUUAUUUAUGAGUGCCUAUCAGGAACACUAAUAAGAAUGCCAUUCAACCAGUGUCUUCUCCUGCCCCUCUCCCAGCUGCUAAAUUAGUACUUUCUUCUUCAUUGGCUUUCUGAAAUGUCCCUGGUAAAGUAGAAAAGUAACCUUUGUACAGAUGCAGGGAUAUUUAAUAGUAUGUAUCUUGUUUCUUUUUUUUCCUAGGGUAUAUUUCCAACUCCUGCUCCAUUUUCUUAAAAUGUUUUCCAGUUAAUAACUAGUUGCUUUAUUUCCUAACUGAAGUGAGAAAACAAGAGAAAUGAAUACAGAUUUGGGCAGAGGCAAUACAGUUAGAUCCUUAAAGGAUUCAGUCAGUCACCCAGAAGGAGAAUCACAUGUCUAACUAAUGUAAGGGCUUGAACCUUCUUUUUCUUUUGCUAAAAUUAGUCUACCAACUCUUCUUCCACCAAUCUUGACAUCAGACACUUAGGUGGUUGUCUGAUUUUGGGAUCCCAAAGCG